AUGAUGGACGGCCGCCUGCUGGAGCACCCGCACCCCCAAUUCGGGGGCGCACUGGGCGGCGUGGUGGGCUUCCCCUACCCGCUGGGCCCGCACCACGUGUACGAGCUGGCCGGGCCCCAGCUGCCCGCGGCCACCGCGGUGCCCUUCUCUAUCGACGGGCUGCUGGGCGGCUCUUGCGCCGCCGCCGCCUCGGUGGUCAGUCCCGCUCCGCUGCUGUCGGCCGCCUGCGGGGUGGGCGGCGACGCUCAGCCCUUCAAGCUCUCAGACUCGGGGGACCCAGACAAGGAGAGCCCGGGCUGCAAGCGGCGGCGCACCCGCACCAACUUCACGGGCUGGCAGCUGGAGGAGCUGGAGAAAGCCUUCAACGAGAGCCACUACCCCGACGUGUUCAUGCGGGAGGCGCUGGCGCUGCGCCUGGACCUGGUGGAGUCGCGAGUGCAGGUCUGGUUCCAGAACCGCCGGGCCAAGUGGAGGAAGAAAGAGAACACCAAGAAGGGCCCGGGGCGGCCGGCACACAACUCGCACCCCACCACGUGCAGCGGGGAGCCCAUGGACCCCGAGGAGAUCGCUCGCAAGGAGCUGGAGAAGAUGGAGAAAAAGAAACGCAAACAUGAGAGGAAGCUGCUGCGGCCAGCGCGCCCGCUGCCCUCACCCGGCGGCCUGUCUCUGCAUAGCGCACCCAGCUGCGACAGCGACAGCGGCGGCUUGUCCCCGGAGCCCGAGCCCGAGCCGCCCUCUGCGGCCCGGGGCCCGCCCGCGCCGCUGCAGCUACCUGGGGCGCCCAAGGCCAGCCCGUUCAGCGUGGAGAGCCUGCUGUCCCACUCGCCGCCGCGCCGCAAGACCGGGCCGCCCGCCGCUGCGCUGGACCUGGCGCCUCGGCCGCUCGUGGGCAAGGGCCACUUUCUGCUCUACCCGGUCACGCAGCCGCUCGGCUUCCUCGUGCCGCAGGCCGCGCUCAGGGGCGCCGCGGGCCCUGAACCCGCAACCCGGGACGCGCCGCCCGCGCCCGCGCCCGCCGCCUCCCCGGGCCCCGCGCCCGCCCGCGCCCCAGCGGCGGAGGGCAGCGGCCUGGACGCAGCGGACAGCGCGGACCCCCGGACCGCCUGCCCCGCCGCCCCGCCGCCCUCGCCGCCGCCGCCCGCUGCACCCAGCCCCGCUGGGGAGCCCGGCCCGGGGGCGCCCGACUUGGACUGA